CAAGGAUUUCAACAGUUGCAUAUCUUGCCCGACAUUGUGACAGUGACCCAUUUAACCAUUUCCAUACUACUGCUGUUCGUCAGUACAUGGAUCUAUGGCAGAGAACGAUUCCAGUGUGAUUUACAAUUUAUGCUUGGCAAAACAAUUUCCAAUUUUAAAAUAUUUCUUUUGCGCUUUUUGACGCCCAUCUUUUUGGGUUUCUGCAUUGGCGAUGUCAUCUAUGCAACCUAUUCCUACAGCGAUGAUAGCAAUAAUCCGCCCUCUGUAUUGAUACUGAUAACACAGUGUAUGGUCUUUGCCGCCGUCCCCCUGUACAUGGUGUACAAAGUUAGUCGGACGACGGGCUCCUUGCGUCAACGUGUCAAGCAAUGUUUUGCGCCACAUGAUUGGCAUCCCGUCGAUGCGGACAAUCGUCGUUUCUACGAAGAGAUAAUGGGCACAUCCGAAAUGUUGGUCAUACUAAACAAUGAACAUGAGAAUUGUUGAUCGACGGUCAUCCCAUCUAAUUGAAACAAAAGACUUUAUA